CGACUCAAAUUUUCUACCAUGCAAAAGGUGUCCGAACGUUUAUCCGCGUAAUAUGGAACUGAUGGCUACUUCAUCGGUCACUGCUGUGCAGUUCAGUCCCACCUCCCAACUCAGUCGCUCAUCAUCACUCAGUGCCAUCGCGCGAUAACACUCGCAAUCCAAAUAGGAGAAGAAGGAACCGGCAGGGGGUCCGUAAUCAUGGCCUCUCUCGUUAGAAAUCACCGUCACCGGCUGAUUCGAUGCUUUCCCCAGCUACCCCAUCUGGGUUUCGCCGCCAAUUUCAGCAAUCUCGUCACUCCUUGUCCGAGUGGCGGAGCCUACCGGUGGCUCAGCACCGGUGGUGACUCGACUCGGUCUGAGCUCGACGGGCGCAGUGCGUACGAGCUGCUGGGCGUGCCGGAGACCAGCUCGUUCGCCGAAAUCAAGGCGUCCUUCCGCAGGUUGGCCAAGGAAACUCACCCUGACCUCGCCGGGACGGUGAACGGUACCGAAGCUUGUCAACGGUUCGUUCAGAUUGUUGCAGCUUACGAGAUUCUCUCUGAUGCUGAAAAGAGGGCCCAUUAUGAUAGGUAUCUUUUGACUCAGAAACUUUCAAGAGAGUAUUCAGUUUCUUAUGUGUACAGAUCGCAUGCAACAGUAUACAGGGAGAUGGAAGUUGUUGAAUGGUUGAAGUGGUAUAGAUAUGCUAUCAAUGAUAUAUUGUCAGAGAACAAAGUGGCCACUGGAACAGGCUAUUUUGAUGUGCUUGAAGGGGACUUCUAUUCAGCAAUACGUGCAGCAUAUUAUGGUCCUUGGAUUGAUUCACUGGAUCUUCUUCCCGACUGCUUUGAAGCUGAGGAGCGGUCUUUUCAUGAAACUCCGGAGGUAUUGCACUUGGUAUCAGGCCGAUAUCUCUUUGGUAUGGUCUGCCUGGUCAACAAGAUUCCCGAAUUAGCAUCUGCCUUCCAUGGGAAGUUAAAUUCUUAUCAAUCCGUGGGUCGUGGUGAGUGUUAUAUGAGAAAUAAUACAGACACUUCCAUCAAUUAUAGAAUGCAAGCAAAUGCUGAUAUGUCUCAGUCAGAGACCAGUUCUACAAAUUACGCAUCUGAUGCAUAUAAAGACCUGGAGUUACAUAUAUCUGGAAGAGUAGUGGCCACAGCAACAAGAUUGCCUCCUCAAAGCUAUUGCAACGGAAUCAGGAACAAUGAUGCUGAUGAUCGCAUAUAUGUGUUUCUCAAUUCACGUAAGGACUGGAUGGAUAAUAGCCAAGAGUACCUUUCCUCUAUAGGCUGCGGAGCUGGGUCAACUCCAUUGGGAACUAUAGUAGGGCUGGGGACCAGCCGAGAAGAAGGAUCAUGUUUCGUUUAUGAUAGCAGUGGCACCAAAACCCAUGUGAUAAUGAAACACAGAACAUUUCUGGUGAAGCAUAUGCACUGGUAUCAAUGCAGAGAUAAGAUUUCCAUUUGUGAGUGCAGAAGUACUAGGGCCCGGCUACCCCCUAGCAAGUUUUGGCUGUUUGAGCCAAGGUGUGUGAUGCAUAACAUUGGGGGCUGGUAUGUUGAAACAUUUGGAAGAGAUGAGAAAAGAAAAACAGUUCCAUCCCGGAGGUACUGGGAUGGUGUUAAUGUGGAGGGACAAUUUGACAAGAGACUCCACCCAGCCGUGUAUCUACUUGCUCUUGCUUAUCGAACAUUAGAUAUUGAAGAUGUUAAGAGAAGGAAACAAACAGUCAGAGGUGUUGUGGAAGGACAAGUCUUUAGACUUCUCAGUUGGUGCAAGAAACUUGUCUAAAAGUUCACCUUUGGGUCCUAAACCUCUCCUUGGGUCAAUUGAUCUGAUCUCAGUUGAGUGGCCUCUUGAGAUCUGAAAAUGAUGGCUGAUCACUGCAUGUCAAUUUUAACAGAAUGGAUGUCGAUGGAGAUUUGUAUGAUCUAGGGAGAUCUGUAGGACUUCGAAAAUGUCUUGUGCAUGAGACCAUGCUAUAACAAAGUCAUACGAUUUUCGAAGUUCAAAGUUUUGGAUUACACUUCUGCAUGUGCACUAAGGAAUGUGCGAGACAACCUGCAGAACCUACAGAGUCUGCAGAACCUGCAUGUUUAGGUAGACCUGUAUGCCUCAGUUGCUCCACUGAGCUUACUGUUUUGAUCUUUGGGAUACCAGGUAAAUCUUAUAUUGGAAUCAUGAGAGAACCUUCUCAUAUCUUAAAGCACUGGUGUUGCGCUUCAUACAGUCAAAUGCCUCGUAGAGGUCCAUUUCAGUGGUUUGUUGACAAGAUAGAAUGGCAAACAGUUGUGGUACAUUAUUUAUGCUUCUUGCUAUAUUGACAAGUAAAAUUUUAUGCGACCGCUUCACACUUUAUCUGA